GCGGCGCGCACAAAUGACGAAACGUGAUGUGACGUGAGUUAAUGAGAGAAGUGCCGUGCAAUAGAUUUUCAGUGUAUUGCGGUAUUAGAAUUGAAAUAGGCAUUAUUAAUUUAUUCCUACGUUAGUUAUAAGAUAAAUAAAAAUGGAGAACCUUUCAAUAGGUGAGAUUUACACGUCGGAUAAGAACGGCAGUGAUGAGACUGGAGAUGGAACUGAAGCGAAGCCGUUUAAGACCAUUAUACAGGCUAUGCGUCACGCCGGCAAGGAACCGUUUCCUACAAUAUACGUCGACGCUAAAGACGACACCAAAGUAUAUGAAGUUGCUGCUAAAUCACAAUUAAAGAAGAUUCACAAGAUCUGGGUGAGAGAAGGGUAUAAAGCGGCCGAUAAGGCAAAGGCAGAAGAAGAUGGCAAUGAAAAGAGACAACAGAACCUUGAAGAGGCCAAGAAAGUUGUUAUUAAGGAGGAUCCUAGUCUUCCAAAAGCUACCAUCGUGAAAAUAUCAGAAGCGAGUGAACACCGCGGUUCGCGCAUCUGCGUCCGUGGCUGGGUGCACCGGCUGCGGCGACAGGGGCGCGCUCUCGCAUUCCUCACACUCCGCGACGGCUCGGGCUACCUGCAGUGUGUACUCCACGGAUUGCUCUGCCAGACGUAUAAUGCGCUUGUGCUCUCUACUGAGUCCUCUGUCAUUAUAUAUGGCAAGCUUGAAGUUGUGCCUGAAGGGAAAAUGGCUCCUGGCGGUCACGAGUUGACAGCGGACUACUGGGAGCUGGUGGGACUGGCGCCACCUGGUGGUGCUGAUGCCAUACUCAAUGAGGAGGCCUUGCCCGAUGUACAGUUAGACAACAGGCACAUAAUGAUCCGCGGCGAGAACACAUCGAAGGUGCUCCGCGCUCGGGCGGCCGUCACCCGCGCCUUCCGCGAGCACUUCGCGUCGCGCCGCUACACCGAGGUCACGCCGCCCACGCUCGUGCAGACGCAGUGCGAGGGAGGUAGCACGCUGUUCAAGUUCAGCUACUUCGGUGCGGAGGCGUACCUGACGCAGAGCUCGCAGCUGUACCUGGAGACGUGCCUGGCGGCGCUGGGCGACGUGUACUGCAUCGCGCAGUCCUACCGCGCCGAGCAGUCGCGCACGCGCAGGCAUCUCGCAGAGUACAGUCACGUGGAGGCGGAGUGUCCGUUCAUCACGUUCGAGGAUCUGCUGUCGCGGCUGGAGGACCUGGUGGUGGAUGUGGUGGACAGGGUGCUCGCCUCGCCUGACGCUCACCUCGUGUAUGAACUCAACCCUAACUUCAAGAGGCCACAGAAGCCGUUCAAGCGCAUGACGUACACGGAGGCGAUCGAGUACCUGCGAGCCAACAACAUUACCAAAGAGGACGGCUCAUUCUACGAGUUUGGCGAGGACAUACCGGAAAUGCCGGAACGUAAGAUGACGGACGCUAUCGGAGUACCCAUCCUCCUGUGCAAGUUCCCCGCAGAGAUCAAGUCCUUCUACAUGCAGCGUUGUGCUGACGACAACCGACUGACGGAGUCUGUGGAUGUGCUCAUGCCAGGAGUCGGAGAGAUUGUAGGCGGAUCCAUGAGGACUUGGGACCAUGAGGAGCUCAUGGAAGGUUACAAGCGCGAGGGCAUCGACCCGUCUCCGUACUACUGGUACACAGACCAGCGCAAGUUCGGGUCGGUGCCGCACGGCGGGUACGGGCUGGGGCUGGAGCGGUUCCUGUGCUGGCUGCUCGACCGCUACCACAUCCGCGAGGUCUGCCUCUACCCGCGCUUCCUCGACCGCUGCACGCCUUAGGUGCAACAACCGCCGGUGUAUAAUAUAUAGCCGUGAUGAGUCGACGUCAUCACUGCUUUCUGUUAUAGCAUUGUAAAGGUCUAUGCAUCACUGCUUGUUGUUACGAUCUAUUAAAUUAUACGAUGAGUAAAGCAGUUUAUCUGUGUAUAAUUCAAAUAGUAUUUAAAUAAGAUCGUCACGCAUAGCAGUGAUGUAUAUGUCUGAAAUAAAAUAUUUUGUUGCUCAGUCUAUUCUAGACGAAAUUUAAAAUCAUCAACAUCAGUUUUUAUACAAAAUAAUUGUAAAAUUAAACUAAUAAUGCUUGUGUUUGCAUUUAUUAAAUAUAUAGAAGGAAAGUCUAUUGCAUUAUAUGAUAGCAUUUGAUGCGGCGUCCAGCGCUCAUUAUUUAUAGAACUCGUUAAAAUUACUUUUAACAAUCAUAAUAACAUCGAUAUUAAGUGUACUUCUUUGUGUGAUUUGAUCUGAUGCGCUUUGAAAUUCAUAAAAAAAACAACUUAUUUUGUUGUUAUGGACUGACCAUAAUUCUGUGCCAUCUCUGGUACAAAAAUAAAUUAGAUUUUUAUAUAUUUGUUGACUGUGUUUUUUGUCCAAAUUAUUGUAAAUGUUCUAAAGUAUUUCAUGACACAGCAAAGUUCAUUUGGCAUUUUUGUGCGUUCAAUAGAAUAAGGAAUGUAAACAUUCCAUAUUCCACUUGCAUUGUUCUUUUUUAUUUAUUUUAAAUACAGUUCCGAAAAUUGA